CAGCUCUCGGUGUAAUAGAAAAAGCCAGGCAGGACUCCGUGUCUGUUCAGCAUAAAUAAAGGCGAGCGGUGAGAGGAGCUCAGCCCAGAAUUAAAUCACUCACCGCUAAAUGGAUCUUUGAGACUCUCCCUUGACGCAGUCAGCUGCUGUUCUGUGCGUCUUCAACCCCCCUAAACAGAGAACUGGGAUUCUUUUUUGAAUUUUAUUUUUUGAUUUAUCUAACAGAAAUAUCUCCUGUCUCUUUGAAAAUCUCUUGUGUUCGUGGUGACAUACAGUUACCAGCUUGGUAUCGAGAAGAAGCUCUCGUUCCGCGAUCGUCAAGCAGAGUUCAGCAAGAGAAAUCAGUGAACAUCUGCACUGCUCGAGGACACCAGGGAUGCUUUCUCACACCGAGGACUUCAACCUAGAUACCAGGGGUUAUUCCUCCAUGCACAUGAAAGAGACACAGAAGGGAAGACAGUGGCAGAAAUGAUAAGAUGAGACCAUUUAAUGAUGGUAACCUCUAAGGAGAAAAGCACAAGCCAACCCGAGGCAGUAGAAUCUCUUUUAAGCAUCAACACAAGUUUCCUGCAGGCAAACCUCAAUGAAAGGAAUUCAGUGUAAGGAAGGGUUCUCCUGUUUUUCUGAUUGGCACAUGGGGGCAAUAGCAUCCAUCAAUGAGGAGAAAACAUCUCAAAGGAAUGUUUCUGGCCCGGCGAACAGCUAAACAUACAGCUGAUAUUCCAACAGGAUCUUCUCAGCUGCACUGAAACCACCACAGUAUCACCCUCAUCAAAUUGUUUUGUCCCUACACAUGACUCUCAGAGAAGCACCAAUGGCCUGCGGCUCAGGCAUGGUGAUGAGUGCCUUUUUUUGGUCUGUAGCCAUUGUAUAUAUGACUCAUAUUGGCAGAGUCAGCGGAGACUGCUGGCUGAUUGAGGGUGAGAAGGGCUUUGUUUGGCUUGCGAUUUGUAGCCAAAACCAACCACCUUAUGAGGCCAUCCCACAGCAUAUCAACAGCACCAUUGUUGACCUUCGUCUGAAUGAAAACAAAAUCAAAAGUAUCCAAUACUCUGCCCUUAGUCGCUUUGCCAACUUGACCUACCUGAACAUGACGAAGAAUGACAUCUCCUACAUAGAGGAUGGGGCCUUUUCUGCUCAGUUUAACUUACAAGUCCUUCAAAUGGGCUUCAACAAGUUGCGGAACCUGACAGAGGGGAUCCUCAGGGGUUUAGGAAAGCUGCAGUACCUCUACCUCCAGGCAAACCUGAUUGAGACUGUGACAUCCAAUGCCUUUUUGGAAUGCCUCAACAUUGAGAACAUUGACCUCUCUAUGAACAGAAUCCAGCAGUUAGACGGGUCUACGUUUACCACUUUGAAUAAACUGACCACCUGCGAGCUGUACACCAACCCAUUCAACUGCUCCUGUGAAUUACUUGGUUUAGUCAAAUGGCUCUCAGUUUUCCCUAACAGGACAAAUGAGCGGAUGGUCUGCGACUCCCCACCUGGCGUCUCUGGUUAUAGUUUAUUGAGCCAGAAUCCAAACAAACCAGCAUAUCGAAAUGCGCUUCACAUGCUCACCACUGUGUGUAAUGACGACUAUUCGACAACUUUCUUUGCCGUGCCCACUGAAUCCACGACACCCCCACCGGACUCGACACUCUGUGGGCUGGAAGAUUGCCCCUCAGGCACAGAACCAGAAGACAUUACCAUCAGUACAACCUACACUGACGUGGAAGUCAACCCUGUGAUGAAACUGAAGCAAGUAUCGAAUACAGGUGCCACCAUCACGGUUCAGAUUCCGCACCCCUACAAGAAGAUGUACAUUCUGGUUCUGUACAACAACAGCUUUUUCACAGAUAUUCAAACCCUGACAGAUAUAAAGGAGGACAUUGACCUUAAAAACCUAAAACCCCACACUAACUACACGUACUGUGUCGCUUCAAUACGCAAUUCUCUCAGACACAACCACACCUGUCUGACAAUCACUACAGGCCCUUGGAAUGGAAAGGACAGAGCUGUGAACAAUGCGACUGCUACUCAUUACAUCAUGACGAUUUUGGGCUGCCUCUUUAGCAUGGUCAUUUUUCUGGGUGUGGUCUACUUUUGCUUGCGAAAAAAGCGUCAGCAAGAUGAAAAGCACAAAAAAGCGUGCAGCCUGAAGAAAAAUAUAAUAGAGCUCAAAUAUGGGCAAGAGCUGGAGGGGGCGACGAUAUCUCGAAUGUCGCAGAAGCAGUUGUUGGCCGGGGAGAACAUGGCACGUAUGCCAUACUUACCAUCUGCUGCUGAAAUGGAGCAGUAUAAGUUUCAAGAGAUGAGUGAUACUCAUAAAAUGAUGAAAGGAAAUUACAUGGAGGUGCGGAGCAUGGACCACCACGAACGCAGGGAAUGUGACAUGGGAAUGCCAGGGAAUAGCCAGGGGUCGGUGGCAGAGAUUUGCACCAUUGCAAAAGAGGUGGAUAAAGUCAAUCAGAUUAUUAACAACUGUAUAGAUGCUCUCAAGUCAGAAUCCACCUCUUUUCAAGGGAAGUCUGGAGCAGUGUCCAACGCAGAGCCCCAGCUUGUGAUGUUAUCAGAACACCCACAGAAUAAAGCUGGCCUUCUGUCCCCAGCGUACACAGACAGCUAUCACCACUCCCUGCAGAGGCAUCGGACUUCUGAUGUCUCGCCAAAGAGGCCCAGCACCGCCACAGGAGGGGCCUCGCGCAGCCCAAGGCCUUAUCGCUCUGAAUCCAAGUACAUAGAGAAAAGCUCCCCAACAGGAGAGAACCUGCUCACUGUAACCCCCGCUGCCGCCAUCCUGAGGGCUGAGGCAGAGAAGAUGCGUCAGUACAGUGACCACCGCCACUCUUACCCCGACGCUCAGAUAGAGGAACUCGAUGGUCCUGACGGCCACAAGACCUCCAUGUUGGAGCCCCUCACUCACUCCCGCAGCAGAGACUUAUCAUAUUCCCAGCUGUCAUCUCAGUAUCACAAUCUAAGCUACUCCUCCAGUCCCGAGUACUACUGCAAGCCUUCACACAGCAUCUGGGAAAAAUUCAAAUUCAACCGGAAACGGAACAAAGACGAGGAGUACAUGGCGGCGGGCCAUGCACUGCGUAAGAAAGUCCAGUUUGCAAAGGAUGAGGACCUGCAUGAUAUUUUAGACUACUGGAAAGGUGUUUCAUCCCAACAGAAAUCAUAACCUCUUUUGGUGUUUUUAAAUAUGGACCACACAUUGCAGAAAUGACACAAGAACCUCGUCUGACAAUUGAAUCAAUGGAUACUUCCAUAUUAUAAUGAACUACUCACUCAAGUGUACCACAAUCUAUUUUGACUGUGUUGAAGAUGGGAUAAAGAGUCUUUAAAUUUGUCAUAUUAUGUAAAGCAUUCAGCGGAAACACUUUUAUCUAUUAAAGAGAAAAUAUAUUGCAAAUUAAUAAUAUAUAUGUUACAAUGGAUUAUAGGUUUUUGGGUAUCGCAUGGCCAAGUCCUGUGACAGUGGAUUUCCUGUUGUGUAAUAUGAAACUAAUGAAGAUAUGUCUACUGAAAUCUCAAUAUUUUUGAGGAACUAUCUGGACCCUUCAUAUAAAGAGAAAAUUUGUUUCUUCCCUCCCUGCAUAUAUUUAAUUAUACAAAUCUAUGUACAGAUAUAUAUAUUUGAAAUGUUUGCUGUGUAAAUGGAUAAGUAUUAGUGGAUGAAUCAGGUUUAUGUAAUGGUGCGCUGUUCAUUCAGAAUAACUUGUUGCUGAAGAACAGCCACUUAAAACCUGUCAGAACAUUUGUCAUUUUAACCAUCACCGCCUGUUUUUUCUACUCUUCUCAUUUUUAAAAAGCUUUUACAUGCAUUUAAAAAGAUACAGAUAAAUCAGUUUGAUUGUUCCCUUUCUCACAUAACGCAGUGUUCAUUGCAUGGAAUCUCCUAGACUUCAUGCUAGCAAGAUGCAGUAUAUUCCAUGCUGUAAUGAAAGUCUCAAUCAUCACUUUCAUGAACCAUCUUUAGUACCAAAGUAGAAAAAGCUGAAAUGUUUACAAUAUUUCUGCACGGUCUGGGAAUUCUAACAAACAGCAGUAGUUCCAUUUAUUAUUAUUUUGUUACAAAGUGAAAACAUUGGGAAACAAUAAUAUCCACUUACAGGAUAUGGUAUUGAAAGCCUAUUCUUAAUCUCUAACAUGUUAAAGGGAAUGCAGCUGUACUUUAUCCCCUGUUGUUUAGAUAGAGACAACUGUUCUUCCCUGCAGGAGAGCCCGAUGUAUGAAUGUAAUACAUAUUCUGAUCUCUUUAUGGCAGCUUUUAAGUAUGGAAGUAUUUAUUUCAAGCUAUUAACGACUGUGUUUUUUCCUUUGCUUCAAUAUUGCUUCCAGUGUAUUAUAUUGCAUAAUGUCUGAUCCAAUGAAAUGCAGGAAAGUAGAUUGAUGUUCGGAUGGGCCUUAUUGCUUGCCGAGGGGUUUAAUUUUUAUUUCCAACUGCUAGGCUGUUCAAUCUUUUUGUAUAUUAUCAAAGUUACAUACCAGACGAAUAUCAACGUGCUAGAGUAAACAUUUGAGAAUGUGAAACUGAAUCCUCUGACUUACUGGCUGUGAAUUUGUAUAUCAUGACAUCUUUUGAGUAAAUAUUAACGCUUUUUUCUUUAUAAGAUGCUUAUUUAACUUAUUCCAACAGGCUCAUGAUGAUUCAUUGCAUAUUCACGGAUGAGCAUUUGUAUUUCAAGUACAGUCAAUGCUAGGUUUUAAAAUAAAGAAGGAAGAGCUCUUCAAGGUUAAUUAGGUCAUUUUCACAUCAUCCAUAGGAACCUCAAAAUACAUAUUAAAUACACAUAAAUAUCCAUAACUGAGAAGCAGUAAAGGCAUACUCUUUGAACUGUGUGUUGAGAUGAGUUUGCAAACUGAUAGCAGAGCUUUUAGUUGGUAUUUUUCCAUUAACUCAUAGACAUUGAGUAUGUAAAUAUAAUUGUAGGCAUUAUUUAGCCCAAUUGUAUUUUCUCUGUGUUAUUAUGCCGCUUCCAUUCCAUGCAAGUGUGUCAUGACGCUGAUAUUAUUCAUCGAUGUGAAGUAAAGUAUUCAUGAGCCUGAUGUGGAUGUGUUAUGUAAGCACCUUAUGAAGUGUUAACUUGGUUGUCUGACUUAAUAUUUCAACCGCCUUAAUAUUUUUGGGAUAUGUGUAUAGUGUAUAUUUCCUUUUGUCUCUUUCAGUGUUGAUACUGUUGACAAGUCUCCAUUUGUUGUUAUUUUUAUAAAAGCAUUUCAGUAUCUUCUGAGAGCUGUCAGGUUUCUAGUUCAUUUAGCUAUUUAGCAACAUGUUUUUUAUACUGCAUAUUGUAGCACUUCUGUGUUUAAUAAGAGUGUUGAUAAAACCUUUAGAAAGAUCAACAGGUGUUGUUCAAGUGCAUCAAAACAAACAAGAGCACAAAAAUGUGUUUUUUUUAUUUUAUUUCCUAAUACUAUGUUAUCUGCUUUCAGACAAAGUACUGUGAAAUAAAGUUAAGGGUGCA